AUGAAUAUUUAUAAAAUAAAUUGUAAUAAAUUUUGGUGGAUUGAGUCGGCGGUUAAUUUUAUAAAAUGUCCUUUGGGUGACUGUUGUAAUGAUUAUUAUAUACCGCAAAAUAUUACAGGAUUGCGUAAAGAGUUGGACAAUAAUCUCUUCGGUCAACACAUUGCCCAAGAUGCAGUAAUUAGUGCGUUAGCUGCACAUAUUGCGAUAGAAAAUCCUCCAAAAGCUCUGGCAAUGAGUUUUCACGGACUGGCUGGUACUGGAAAAAAUUUUGUCGCUAGAAUAAUAACAAAUAAUUUUUUUAUGAAAGGCAGCUUGAGCCGGCAUUUUCAAGUUUAUACAGGAAGAAUAGAAUUUUCGCUACAGGACCAAAUAAAUUCAUACAAGGAAUUAUUAGUUGAAAAAAUAGCAGAAAGUCUUUUAAAAUGUCCCAAGUCAUUAUUCGUUUUUGACGAAGUGGAUUUGAUGAUCCCAGGUCUCCUUGAUGUUUUAGUGCCAUUUUUAGACCACGGUCCAGUUCGUGUUCCUUUCAAAGGAACAAAACAAUCUGUUCUUACAAAUAAAGCAAUAUUCAUAUUUCUAUCCAACACCGGUAGUCAUGAAAUAGCCAAAGCACUUGUAGAUUUACGCAGCCAGGGAAAAAGCCGUGAAGAGACGAGACUCGAGGACUUUGAAAGUUUAAUUGCCGUGGGAGCUUUCAAUGAGAAAGGUGGAUUGCAUCGCAGUGACACUAUUAGUACUAGUUUAAUCGACCACUAUGUGCCUUUUUUGCCUCUUGAAAAGCCGCAUAUCAGACAGUGCAUCAAAGCGGCAUUCAGGUUGAGAGAAAUUGACCCCAGUGAGGAGCAUAUAGAGGAAGCCAUGUCUCAUGUUACUUUCGGAGACAAACCUUAUGAUCUCUACGCUAAAAACGGGUGCAAAAGAGUUGAUCAAAAAGUCGCAAGCAUUGUUUACAAAAUAACUAAAUCUAAUGAACUAAAGUCGCAUAAGGAAUUGUGAAGAAAAUAUAUUUAUUUAUUUUUU